GUAAAAUGGGGGAGAAUAAUGCAUCACAGUACGUGAAGUUAACAAAGGAACAAGAAGCUGUUGAAAUUACCCCUGGAGAGCUCAAUCAGCCUGUUCAUGUUCCUCAGUUACAUGUCAAGACAUGCCCGGAGUGUGGGCAACAGCUACCGGCCGGGUUCGAGAUUCCUGCUGAUGAGCCGUGGAUGACUGGAAUUUGUGGAUGUGCUCAAGAUCCUGAGAGCUGCAUGACUGGAUUAUUCUGCCCUUGUGUGUUGUUUGGCCGUAAUGUUGAAAGAUUUAAGGAGGAAAUCCCUUGGACAAACGCGUGCAUUUGUCACGCUAUUUGUGUUGAAGGAGGCAUCACUAUUGCAGCAUUGAUUUCAAUCUUCAAUGGUUUCAUCGAUCCAAACACCUUACGUCUUGUUGGUGAGGGCUUGCUGUUUGCUUGGUGGAUAUGUGGAAUAUACAAUGGCUUAUUUCGAGAAGAAUUGCAAAAGAAGUAUCAUCUGCAGGAUUCGCCCUGUGAUUCGUGUGUUGUGCACUGCUGCAUGCACUGGUGUGCGCUAUGCCAGGAACACAGAGAAAUGAAGGGACGGCUAUCAGAAAAUACUAUGACGGCUAUGACUGUUGUGAACCCUCCGCCAGUCCAGGAAAUGACUUCAGACCACAAGUGUGAUUCCUCAUCGUCUUCUGAAAAUGGAAGUGACCAUCACAGCCACACUGGUCUAGAGAUUCAACCAGUAUAAUCUGUUAAGCUAAAAGUGGAUACAGGAUUUUCAUGAUAUUUUUAACAUUUGCAUCAUGGAGAGAGAAAUGCUUUCUUGGCAUAGAAUAGCCAAUUUUGUUUGCUUCAGUUAAAACUACUUAGAAAUGAGAUAUAUGAUUGAGAACUGUUGCAUGAUUUCUCAUCGUAAACGACUGAUUUGGUGCAUUUGAAAUUAUGUACUUCCAAUUGA